AUGCCUCUCACCGUUCUAACCGAUGCGAAUGUCAAAGAUAUUCUGCAAAGCUUGGAUAGGGAGGAAUUGCUUGAUUUGCAAUCUUCAAUGCGAGAAGCUCUUCAUGAGUAUGCAACGGGUACCACGUCUUCGGGUGCUUCUGCUGCCAAUCAGCCAAAUCGGACUGUCAUCGAGUCGAGCAAUGGAACUACAACGCUGUUCAUGCCCUCCACGAGUUCUUCAGGCAUUGGGAUGAAAGUUGUCACGCUUGCAGCGCCACCAGCAUCACCAGAGAAAGAUGCCGAGAUUGACAGCGAAGCUACCACCCCUCAAGGAGCCCUCACCUUGAUGGACGCUUCCGGAAGACCAUUUGGUUUCCUCAAUGCCGAAGAAGUCACUGCUUUCCGAACAGCACUUGCAUCCUCCCUCCUCAUAAACCGAAGAACGAAAGUCAAGACCUUGACCGUGUUUGGAACUGGCAAGCAAGCAUACUGGCACGUCCGCCUUGCCCUCCUCCUUCGCGGCCCCACCAUCAAGAAAGUCCACUUCCUAAAUCGCGACUUCAACCACCGAGCAGCAAUGUGCAUGAAAUCUUUCGUAGGCUACGAUCCCGCAAAGAAGAGGGCAGAAGGAUGGUUCGACACAACUUUCGACCUCACAUCCCUGAAAUACGGCGAGAUAGGCCGCAUACUGAAAGACCACGUUCGAGCCGCGGAUGUCAUAAUCUGCACGACGCCCAGUUCCGAGCCGCUGUUCGACCACACGAUCCUCACGAAUACCGAGGGCAGACGGAGAGCCAGGCUCAUCAUCGCUAUUGGGAGUUACAAGCCUCAUAUGAUUGAGGUUCCUCCCGAGGUCCUGACGCAGGCUAUUAAGGUCCAUGGACCAGGUUUUCAUUUCCACAAGCACGCCGAAGAAGGUGGCGUGAUUGUCGUCGACACACUGGCGUGCAUCAAAGAGGCAGGAGAACUCGUGCAAGCCAGUGUGCCCCCAGACCGCACCGUCGAGUUAGGUGAGCUGGUGAUGCUGGAGCAAAUGCAUAUGCCUCAAGAAGACGACUCCGCUAUCGACGACAGCCCGGAGGAUUCGACGAAUGAGAAUGUAUCUCCCGUGUCUCCAGAUAGUUCUCGCAGUCUGGCGAGAGCAUUCAGGGAACAUAGCAUUGAUGGCGGUCCUAAGUCUGCUAGUGUGUCGAGGAAAUCAUCCUUCUCGCGCAAGGGAUCCUUCUCGCUACAUUCGAGAAGUGGCAGCAUGUCAUCUUUGAGAAGGAAAAAGAUACAGACAGAGAAAGAAGACCAGAUGAGUAGGUGGCUGAGUGGAGGUAACGUGAUCUACAAAUCUGUAGGCAUGGGAUUGAUGGAUCUGGUCGUUGGAAGCGAUGUCAUAAAGCUCGCUAGGGAAAAGAAUAUUGGUGUCACUGUGGACGAGUUCUAG